AUGGACAUGUUGUUCCAGUCAUUCCAUGAAGAUACACUGAGUCACAUCAUCCAGAAAAUGAGCUUCCUUUCUCUCACGGGGCCUGGAAUUUUGGGAAACUUCCUUAUGCUUUUGAAACAUGUACGUACUUUAGUCAUGAGUCAUGAAAAAAAUUCCAUAGACCUUAUCCUCAUUCAAUUGGCUAUUUCAAACAUUGUCAUUAUUUGUACCACAGGGAUCAGAGACAUAACCACAAUGGUGUAUUUUAGUAACUUCCUACUAGGUGACAUUGUUUGCAAAAUCAUGGUUUACCUGAGUAGGGUGGCACGGGGCAUCUCCAUCUGCACUACCUGCCUCCUCAGUGUAGUCCAGGCCAUCACCAUCAGUCCCAGGAACACCUUGUGGAGAAAGUUCAAACCACACACUACAUGGCAGGUUCUUCCCCACCUCCUCCUCUUCUGGGUCUUUAGCUUUCUCAUCAGCUCUAACCUGUUGCACUACAUCACAGCAGUCAACAAGAAUGAAUCUAAUGUUAGAAUGUAUGUUGGUUAUUGCUACAUGCUGCCAGCUCCACAAAUCGUCAGGUGGCUCUUCCUCUGCCUCAUGGCUCUCCGGGACCUCAUGUUUCAGACUCUCAUGGGUUGUAGCAGUGGGUACAUGGCUCUUUAUCUGUACAAACAUCACAAACGUGUCCUCUACCUCCAGAGCUCCAGGUUUGCCAAAUAUCCCAGCCCAGAGAUCAGAGCCACUCAGAGUACUCUCAUUCUCAUGGCCUGUUUCCUGUUCUUUUAUUGGACAGAUUUCAUUUUGUCCUUCUACACAGGGAUCACAUUGUCAGAGGAAUCAACAACACUACAUGCUAAAAUAUUUCUAGAAGUUGGUUAUUGCAGUCUGAGUCCCUUUGUACUGCUCAGCAGGAAUAUUCAUAUUACUGGAUGCUGGAGUGCUCACUGAGAACCUCAAGGAACUG